AUGGCAAUCACAUCGUAUGAGGAACUCUCGCACUGGACACCGAGCAUAUUCUCCAAACAGAGAACCAUUCGCCUCGAACUUGUGAUCACCAACGAGUGUGUCCGCUCUCUCCGGCAGUGGUUCACCUCGUGUGUCUCGAUGCGCUCACUUCACAUAUCCAGCAACCUUUUAAAAGCCCACUAUCAGGCCAUUUCAUUACACAUAGAUGAGUUGUGGAUCGACGUCGUGUCAUCGGGCGAAUCUCAAAACGGCAUUGCACAAUGGCAGUGGAAUGAAUAUCUUACAAGAGGUCCCACAGUCUCACAAGUUGUUAUCAUUGUCUUUUCCGAAGAUUCGUGGUACAAGUUGAACGGUCGUCGGUUUCUUGCGCUAUCGAGUACUUAUGGGAUCAAUGUACGGUUCCAGAUAUUAGAUGACAUGAAUGAGGAUGAAACUGCUUCUCCCGAUCCCGGUUGGUCUAGAGAGGUGGGUAAAAGGGCUCGAAAGCGGCGUAAAUUUCGAACUACGGACAAGCGAGUCAUGGAUGCUUGGGAUGACAAUCAGGUUAUGUAG